AUGGCUUUCACAGCCUCUUUGAUCAGAUGGGGACUCGUCCUGCCCCUCAUAGUUGUCGCUUUUGCAGUUGCGUACCGUCUUCAACAGCCACUCACAGUUUCAGGCGAGGGAGAAUCCGCAACGUAUUGUUACAAUUCCAUCCGAACACAUGAACCUGAGCAGGCUGAAGCCCAAUGUUUCACUGUUGCGGAUGGCGUCUUUACUUCUGUUGGUCCACGAGACGCUGAUCAGCCCGUGAUAGAUGGUUAUGUGAUUCCAGGACUCUGGGAUGGACAUGGUCACUUGCUCCAGUACGGGGAGUUCCUCCACUCUGUUGAUCUGUUCGGUGCCCAAUCUCUCGCAGAGGUUCGUACGAGGAUCAAAGACUACAUCUCUGCUAACCCUGGGGCCGGAUCGAAAGGCAAUUGGGUUCGCGGAGUUGGAUGGGAUCAGACCUUUUUUGGACGUAUGCCCACAGCUGCAGAUAUAACGCAGGAUACAGAGCUCAGCGGCAUCUAUCUUAUGCUUGAUCGCAUUGAUGUUCACUGCACUUGGGUUUCCCAGCCUGUGCUCGAUCUCCUCCCAUCAGACCUCCCUGAAGCUGUUCCGGGCGGUGAGAUCAUUCGCGACCCUGGCCUCGGUGUCUUCUGCGAUAACGCUAUGGACCUGGUCAUCUCAAUUUGGCCUCAGCCUGGCCGGGACUUUAAGGCCCGUACAGUCAAGACCGCCAUGAAGCGCCUUAACGAGGUUGGUCUUGUUGGCAUGCACGAUGCUGGAGCAACUCCAGAUACUUUGAAUCUCUACAACGAGCUCUCUUCAGGAGACGACUGGACCCUUCGUGUCUAUGCAAUGUUGGAAUGUCCUCAGCGUAACUCGUACUGCCCAGAGGAAGCUGUCAAGUUCGCCCGAGACGAUGAUCGCUUUGCAGUUCAGAGUGUCAAGCUAUUUGCGGACGGCGCUCUCGGAAGUUGGGGCAGCGCCAUGCUCGAGCCAUACUCCGAUCACCCGUGGACAUCAGGCUCGCUUCUUAUUAACGCCUCUGCUCUUACUGAUGUGACCAAGCGCUGGGCUGCCGACGGAUACCAGGUCAAUAUCCAUGCUAUCGGCGAUCUUGCCAACCGUAACGCUGUUGACGCUCUUGAGGCGGCUCUUGUCCAGCAGUGCCUUCAUGAGGCUACUGCUCAGGGUGCACACCCUUCGACUCCGGACCAGUCCGCCCACAAUCAGAUUGAAGCGCGUGCUGCUUGUCAAGCUCGCCAUCGCUUUCGCAUUGAGCACGCCCAAAUAAUCCAUCCAGAUGAUCAGCGACGGAUUCGAGAAGUCGGCAUCAUUCCCUCUAUUCAACCCACACAUGCAACAUCAGACAUGAAGUAUGCUCUUGCUCGGCUUGGUAAAGACCGUCUAUCGUCCUCCGCCUACCGGAUGCGUUCUGUUCUUUCUGCCCAUCCGAUUCUGGGUAGCGAUUUUCCUGUCGAGCCCCCCAACCCAUUCCAGGGCAUCUACGCCGCCGUAACCCGUCGAAGCCCGCAUACGGGUCGUGGAACAGACGAUAGCCCCGAUGGCUGGCACACAGAAGAGGCAUUGAGCUUAGAUGAAGCGAUGUGGGGAUUCACGGGAGCUGCUGCUUAUGGGGCCUUUCUUGAUACUCGCGCUGGUGUCAUCCGCGACGGCGCUUUGGCUGAUUGGGUUGUCCUUGAUAAACCUAUUGAGUCUUACGAUAUAGAUGAUUUACGCACCCUAAAAGUUAAGGAGACAUGGGUGGCAGGCAAACAGGUGUAUGCACGACCUAACCAUGACUAG